GACAAAAGGUACUGUUUAAUCUCGGUGUUCCUUUAUUUAGGUGAUUGGUUUUUGACUGUCUGCCCUGUCUGAACUUCCAUUUUACAAAGAAAUGGCCUUUUUUGCUAACACAGCUUGAGUCAUUGAUUGGGUGGGGGUUUUUUGGCCUACUUAGGCAAAUAUUGCCCUUGCCUUGUGACAAUGUCAAGUUAAUGACUUCUGUAAUCUUAAAAGAAAGAGUUCGUAUUUCAGAGUUAAGGGUACCUGGCUGAAUUGGUUGGGUGGGUUUUUUUUUUCUGUUGGGUUUUUUUGGGGGGUGGGGGUGUUAGGUUUUUUGGAGUGUUGGGUUGUGGGGUUUUUUUUCUGGGAGUGUUGCUAAUUGCAAAAAUAAAGUUCAGAGUGAACUGGCAGUGUUAUCUUGACUGUACCUGUGAAUAUUGCUGUUGUACAGUUUGCUGAUAACCUUAUAACAAAUCUGUAUGAAAGCACAAGACAAUCAUUGCUAAAUAUCCAAUAAUACUAAAUUUGCUGUAGAAUAUUUUUGAGAUUCCUCUCCUGUAGAAUGUACAUUAUGUCCAGUAUCUGCCACAGAACUGGUGUGAUAGUGAUGGGCCUUGUGGAUCUUGUACAUUAAUCGUUUGGAGUAAAUUGUGCAGCACAUUCUGAUGCUUGUGGAAAUAUUCCUUGGAGAGCCCAUGUCUGUUACCUUCUCUCUGAGCCCAAGUAGAGGAUGCCGUGGUGCUGUUGGAGCAGGCCCAAGCAGUGUCUACACCUAACGUUACAAAGGAAAGGAAAACUAUUCCCUCUUUAACUUGUUUCUAACACAGCUGAAGAAUACAUGUUUGCCUUGUGUCCCUAAUGUCCUGUAUUAUAACUGGUAAUUCAUUAAUAUUAUAUUACCUCUUAAGAAGUUAAUGUGAAGCUUUUAGCAAUUGUGUAACUGAGCAACUGAGUGGUAAUUCUAGAAUAUGUCUGUUGGAUUUACGUAGUGUAGCCCAAACCACUCUCCCAUUUACAUAGUAUUUUAAUACUGUAGGAAUUAUUCAAGGUUGGUAUAGAAAAGCAGCUUUCAAGGGAGCUUUAAAACUAUCUGUAGAUAUUAAAAAAAACCCAAAAACCAAACAGAAGAUUUGUUAGUAAAAGGUGUUUUCUGUUCCUUCCCUUUAUGGUCUGCAGCAGGAGCUGAGCUGGGUGUUCUUUCUUGUAAGAGCUGACAGCUUGCUUGGUCCAGGAGCCGUCUCUCUGCAGGUGCGUUCAGUCGCGGCAUGCUGUGCCUCCGGGGACCAGCUCGGCUUUGUCGCUGUCAGCUGCAGGUACUGCGGGGGCUGGCGGUAGCACAGACGGCUGCAGGAGCGGUACAGGCAGAGAGGUUUACAGCGGCUUCAGCCGCUGUACACUGGGGUUGGGAGAGAGCUGCGAAUAGCUCACCUCGUCGAGCCGCUGCAGCAAGGCUCAGCUGUCGCCUGAGUGGAGGUACGUGUCGCUGUCCCUCCGGACCGCUUCAGAGGUGCAUUGACGGAGAGAGGCGGGGCAGGCGGCGCCGCUCCCGCCCGGCCCCGGGCCUUCCCCGCCCCGUGACGGCACCACCGCGGGCGGGGCCCGGCGCCGCUUCCUGGGGCGGCGGGCCGGGCAUGGGGGGCGCCGGCCUGGGCCGGGGGUCCGCGGGCCUGUGGGUGACGCUGGCGCUGUUCUGGAGCGCGGGAGCUGCUCUGGCCGCGGAGGGGCCGGCCGAGCCCUGCGGGGCGGAGGGGUGGGCGCAGGACGCCGUCCCUCCGGGCGCGGCCUUCGUCGCCGCCGCGUCUUACCGCGGGCCCGGCAACAACGACACGCGGAGCAACAAGGCGCUGCCCAUCCUGCUGUGGUGGAGCGGGAGCCUCUUCCCGCACUUCCCCGGCGACACGGAGCGCAUCGACUGUCCCCGCGGCUCCUGCCUCGUCACCCGGAGCCGGCGGGUGGCCCGGCACCGCCGCACCAAGGCGCUCAUCUUCUACGGCACUGACUUCAGGGCGUACGAGGCGCCGCUGCCCCGCCUGCCCCACCAGACCUGGGCGCUCUUCCACGAGGAGUCCCCCAUGAACAACUACAUGCUCUCGCACUCGCCCGGCAUUCGGCUCUUCAACUACACGGCCACCUUCCGCCGGGAGUCCGACUACCCGCUCACGCUGCAGUGGCUGCCCGGCACCGGGUACCUGCGGGCCCCGGCCCUGGCCCUGGCCGAGAAGGACGCGUGGCGGCGGAAGGGCUACGGCCCGGUGCUGUACAUGCAGUCCCACUGCGAUGUGCCCUCGGACAGGGACCGCUACGUGCAGGAGCUCAUGAAGUACAUCCAGGUUGACUCCUAUGGGAAAUGCCUGCAUAACCGUGAGCUCCCCAGUGAACGACUUAGAGACACUUCUACAGCCACUACAGAAGAUUCUGAAUUUAUGACUUUUAUUGCCAGGUACAAAUUUCAUCUGGCCUUGGAGAAUGCCAUAUGUGACGACUACAUGACAGAGAAGCUGUGGCGUCCCAUGCACUUGGGUGCUGUCCCAGUGUACCGAGGCUCCCCAGCUGUGCGGGACUGGAUGCCAAACAACCUCUCCAUCAUUCUUAUAGAUGAUUUUGACAGCCCCCGAGAGUUGGCAAAGUACCUUGAUUUCCUGGACAAGAAUGGAGAGGAAUAUUUGAAGUAUCUAGAGUAUAAAAACGUUGGUGGAAUCAAAAACCAGUUCUUGCUAGAGAGCUUGGAGAAGCGGGAGUGGGGUGUGAAUGACAUGACUCUGCCCAAUUACCUGAAUGGCUUUGAGUGUUUCAUCUGUGACAAGGAGAACACCCGGGUCAAAGAGGAGCAGAAACACAAGAAGUCUCGUGGAAAAAUUCCGGCUCCCAAACCUCAUAUAGCUCAGUUCAAGCACAUGGGAUGUCCUAUGCCAACCCCUGGGUUUGGAAGUGUUGAAGAUCUCUCUGAGGGAGACAGGAUUUGUGAUUUGUUUCUGGGUAGCAGAAGUAAUGGAGAAGAGGUAAAUAUUUGGCAUGCCUUGAUAUAACACAAGUGAGAGAAGUAGUCCACAUGGUCACAAAGUGGAAAAGAAUUGCUGAAAUUUGCAGUGAUGCAGUCUGUACUAUGCAAAGUUUGAGACUGUAUGCACUGAACAAGAGACAGCCCAUACUUGACCAUGUAGUCUGGAGAUAAAGAAUAGAAUCUGUGUUAAGGACUAUAAUGAUUUUUGUCUCUGUCAUGUGUAACCUGAGUUUGUAGUUGUUUAAAUGGAUUAUCUGAAAAAAAACAAACUGAUUUUUAGGCUGUUAUAUGCAUACUGGCCAGGGAAAGCUACUCUCAAUAUCAGGACUCUGAGAUAGAUCUUAUUUUAACGUAAGUUUACAAUUGGUAAUUUAGUCUCUGUGGUUAGCAUGAUAGUGAGAGCUUACAUUUGCUAUAGAGAAUUUUCACAGCAAUUUUCUUUAAAUUACUUGGAGCACAGUGGCACUAACAAUAUACUUUGUUAUUACCAUCUCUGGGCCUAUUUUUGUCUUAAGGGAAAGAAAAAUAUGGUUUCAGUGCUAUUACAGCUGCAGACUAAU